AUGCAGAUUGUAGGUCAUUUUGUAUCGCAAGAAAUGACACUUGAUGUGGAUGUAUCGCAUGAGAUGACACUUGACGUGGAUAUAAUACAAGAGUUGCUAUAUGACAGAGUUGCAGAAGAAGAAAUGCCACAAGUUGAACCUAUAAAAGAAGUUACUAUAACACAAGAAAAGGCUGCUGAAGCAAAAAAAGCACCAUAUACCGGAAUUCGAGGACAACAGCCUGGAGAAAAAAGCAAAAAGUUAAUGCAUCGUUAA